AUGUCUAAAAGGUCAUUCCUUGAACAAGUGAGGUCUUCGUUUCUACAUUCCAGAUCUUUGAACUCAAGACCAUCGUUGCAACCCAAUCGAGUGAUCUCUGAAAUUCAGAAUCAUCUAGAAAGAGAGUUGUCAACUGCAAAAGAGCAAGCUCUAGCCACAUUUACAAGUCUUGCUCUCCACACUGAACUUCCUGGUUCUUCACUUUCAAAUUCAGAAGCAAGUUCAGACCAAGAAGAAGAAAUGAUGGUUGCCAAUGAGUUCAUGGGAUACCUUGAUAUCCCAAAAAUUCCAACAUCCCCUUCAAGCAUUUUACUACCCACUGUAGCUCGAAAAUAUGAGCUUAAAUCUUCUUAUCUUAAUAUGUUACCUUCCUUUUAUGGUUUACCUAAUGAAGAUCCAUUGACUCAUAUAAAAGAUAUUUUUAAUGUUGUGAGUUCUUUUCUCUUGACAGGUGUGACGGAAGAUCAACUUCGAAUGAGAGUGUUUCCAUACAUUUUGAAGGAUAAGACGAAGUAUUGGUUGAAUUCUUUGAAGCCUGGUUCACUCACUACAUGGGCUGCCAUUCAAAAGAAGUUUUUAGAGAAAUACUUUUCCACACAAAAAACCGACAUGCUUAGGGACAAGAUCUUGUUAUUUGCACAGCAAGAUGAUAAAUCGUUUUGUGAAGCGUGGGAGAGAUUCAAUGGGCUGCUCAAUCAAUGUCCUCAUCAUGGGAUUCCUUUGAAACUUCAAAUGCGUAUGUUUUAUAAAGGACUAACCCCUUCGAGUCAUAAUAUUGUCAUGAAUUUUGCAGGUGGUUCUUAUAAAACCAAGACUCCGGAAGAAACGUAUGAACCCUUUGAGGGGAUAGCAAUGGAGACCCAACAUACGGAUACAAGAGGUAAACGUGUUAUUAGUGGUUCUAAUGAUGCUUAUAGUGUGCAGAUUUCAAAACUGGAACAAAAGCUAGAUGCUCUUCUUGCAUUAAACUCAAGAAGCCCUCCAAAGGAAGUGUGUAGUAUUUGCGAAACUCCUGACCAUGCUACCAUAGCUUGUCCACUUGGGGCUGCAUAUCCAGAAUUUGUGCAAGAGCAAGCUAAUGUGGUAAAUUCCUACAACCAAGGUCCAAGAAAUGAUCCAUACUCUCAAAGUUAUAAUCCAGGAAUAAAUGAUGCUGUGGUUGUAGAAAAUGAAGAUGAAGAGGAGGAGACCAUAGCUAUGGAAGGAGAACAGCUCAAAACUUCUCAAUUUGCCCCUAAUGCCAAAUCAGAUUCUCAGGAACCCAACAAAUUCCAAUUGCAUAAAAGAGGUGAUAAAUUUGUGCCACCACAUCUUCAAGAAGAUAGAUACGUGCCACCCGCUCCAUAUGUUCCACAGAUUCCAUUUCCAGGCCGUCUUAAGAAAGCAAAGCAAGAUAAGGCUUUUAAAGAGAUUUAUGAUAUUUUGAGUAAAGUUAAUAUCAAUUUGCCUUUGCUUGAUGUUAUUGAACAGAUUCCUGCAUAUGGAAAGUUCAUCAAGAACUUGAAAACUCACAAGCUCAAUUUUGCUCCAAAUGAAGAAGUAAAGCUCAACAAGAAUGUAAGUGCUGUGUUGCAAAGGAAGCUUCCACCAAAACUAGAAGAUCCUGGCAGCUUUGACAUUCCCAUUAAUAUUGGAGACAAGAAGGUUGGAAGAGCCAUGUUGGACUUGGGAGCAAGCAUCAAUCUAAUGCCAUAUUCAGUGUAUCAAAAACUUGGCUUAGAAGGGAUGAAGAAACUUCAAUGCGACUUGAACUAG